AGCGAGAGCUCUUCGGGACCCCCUCCCCGCCCCGCUUCCUAAGCCGCCUCGUGUCCGCGGAGACCUGCGCGCGGUCACCGGAAAGCCUCUCCGCACGCACCUGGCUUGUCAGGCUCCAGUGGUCUCAAAGUUUCACUGGCUUGCACGAAGCCGUGCUCGGUUUUGCAGAGGGGUGCGUGGCUCAGGGAAGGACUAACCAAGUCUGUUCAGUUGUGAGAGAGCUGCAGGAAGAAAAAGAGAUAUUUGUACCGACAAUCGGAGGCCUUAAAAACGUCUUGGAACGGCUGAGCGCGGAGCUUGGUCUUCUCUCCGUUUAACACAGUGCCUUCGUGUGUGCUGGUUUCUUCCCCCUUUUUGAGUUUUUUGUUGAGUCCUCCAAGAGCCUUAUUUGGACUCUUGGUCCCCAGCUCUGCAUAGUUACUCUGCUCCACCUUAAAUGCUUGUGAGGAGAAAGGAGCAAGAAAAGAACUCUAAUAUUUUUUCCAUUGAUGUCUUGUUCUAAGUUUCAAUAACUCCAGUGCCUGUUAUAUGUACUGGAACUUAUAUAACUUUUGUCACAGAAGAACAUUUUGCACUGCGCAAAAAGAUGUACAUGGAGAACUGUCUGUCUUCAUACAUAUUCUUAAGAUCUGGAAGUUGAAAAAAAUGAAUGUUACCAGUCUAAGAGCUCAAGACAAGUGCAGCAGAAAUACCUGCAACAUGGUGACUGGAAUCCUGAGGACCUUGCAAUAUGAAUAAUUCUCUGGAGAACACCAUUUCCUUUGAAGAAUACAUCCGCGUGAAAGCACGAACAAUCCCUCAGCACAGGAUGAAGGAGUUUCUGGACUCUCUUGCUUCCAAGGGGCCUGAAGCUCUUCAGGAGUUCCAGCAGACAGCCACUACCACCAUGGUAUAUCAGCAAGGUGGCAACUGCAUUUACACGGACAGCACAGAGGUGGCCGGAUCUUUGCUUGAGCUUGCCUGUCCUGUUACAACUAGCGUCCAGCAGCAAACAGCCACAACAGGUCCAGUAAUGAAAUUAGGCAAUGCAUGGAUGCGAGUUGCUUGCCAGGAUAAUCCUGGGGCAUCGCAAUCCUUUUCCUGCCAUUGCAGGGCCUUGGGCACUGGUGCAUCUCAGUCUUUCUGCACAUGGCAUGUAACAGUAGGCUCCUGUGGGGUGAGAGAUUUUUUGGUCUCACUUCAGUUGUUGGAUGUCGUGUGCACGUGCCAGAUGGUAUUGGCUUGUGCUAGACAGGCCAGACUAGAUGAUCUGAUUGUCCCUUCUGGCCUUAGAUGCUUAUUACUCCGGCCAGGCAUUCCUCAUCUCUCUCCCUGUGUGGCUCUGGAGAUAUCCAUACUGAAGACGCAUCUUGUUCCACAAUUUCAGACCCGUUAUGGAGAAACAGUGCAAGUCCAGGUCCAGCAGUCCCCACAACAGGUCUCUGCCCAGCAGCUCUCCCCCCAGCUCACUGUGCACCAAGCCUCAGAGCAGCCAAUCCAGGUCCAAGUUCAGAUCCAAGGCCAGGCUCAGCAGCAGGCUCCCCAGACGAUACAGAGCCAGUCUCUGCAGAGCCCUAGCCCCUCUCAGCUGCAAGCGGCUCAGAUCCAGGUGCAGCAUGUGCAGACUGCCCAGCAGAUCCAGGCCACUGAGAUCCAGGAGGAGCACAUACAGCACCAGCAGAUCCAGGCUCAGCUUGUGUCGGGGCAGGCCAUUGCUGGUGGCCAACAGAUCCAGAUUCAGACAGUCGGGGCGCUGUCACCUCCGCCUUCUCAGCAGGGCUCCCCGCGGGAAGGCGAGCGGCGGAUCAGCACCGCCAGUGUCCUGCAGCCGGUGAAGAAGCGCAAAGUAGAUAUGCCUAUUACUGUGUCCUAUGCCAUUUCUGGGCAGCCAGUUGCCACGGUGUUGGCCAUUCCUCAAGGCCAGCAGCAGAGUUAUGUGUCCCUAAGGCCGGACUUGUUAACAGUGGACAGUGCCCAUCUGUACAGUGCCACUGGGACCAUCACUAGCCCCACUGGAGAGACUUGGACCAUCCCUGUUUACUCUGCUCAGCCACGUGGUGACCUUCAGCAGCAAAACAUAACCCACAUCGCCAUCCCUCAGGAGGCUUACAACGCUGUCCACGUCAGUGGCUCGCCCACGACGCUGGCUGCUGUGAAGCUGGAGGAUGACAAGGAUAAGAUGGUGGGAGGUGCCUCUGUAGUGAAAAACUCCCAGGAGGAAGUGGUGCAAACAAUUGCAAACUCGCUCUUUCCAGCACAGUUCAUGAACGGCAACAUCCACAUUCCAGUGGCCGUGCAGGCUGUGGCAGGGACAUACCAGAACGCUGCUCAGACGGUGCACAUAUGGGACCCGCAGCAGCAGCAGCAGCCCACGCCCCAAGAGCAGGGGCAGCAGCAGCUACAAGUGACUUGCUCUGCACAAACUGUUCAGGUGGCUGAAGUGGAGCCGCAGCCCCAGCCCCAGCCUUCACCUGAGCUGCUGCUUCCGAACUCCCUGAAGCCAGAAGAAGGGCUUGAAGUGUGGAAAAGCUGGGCCCAGACCAAGAAUGCAGAGCUGGAAAAGGAGUCUCAGAACAGGCUAGCCCCUAUCGGCAGACGCCAGCUGCUGAGAUUCCAGGAAGAUCUCAUCUCUUCUGCUGUGGCAGAGUUGAAUUACGGGCUGUGCUUGAUGACACGAGAAGCUCGCAAUGGUGAAGGCGAGCCAUACGAUCCAGAUGUAUUGUACUAUAUCUUCCUAUGUAUUCAGAAGUAUCUUUUUGAAAAUGGACGAGUAGAUGACAUUUUCUCAGAUCUCUAUUACAUACGGUUUACUGAGUGGUUACAUGAAGUUCUCAAGGAUGUACAGCCCCGGAUCACCCCUCUUGGUUACGUUCUCCCCAGCCACGUCACAGAAGAGAUGCUGUGGGAGUGCAAGCAGCUGGGCGCCCACUCCCCUUCCACCUUGCUCACCACACUGAUGUUUUUUAACACCAAGUACUUCCUGUUGAAAACAGUAGACCAGCAUAUGAAGUUGGCUUUCUCCAAGGUCUUGAGGCAGACCAAGAAGAACCCUUCCAAUCCCAAGGAUAAGAGCACGAGUAUCCGGUAUCUGAAGGCACUUGGCAUACACCAGACAGGCCAGAAAGUUACAGAUGACAUGUAUGCAGAGCAGACUGAGAAUCCAGAGAACCCCCUGCGCUGCCCCAUAAAGCUCUAUGACUUCUACCUCUUCAAAUGCCCCCAGAGCGUGAAAGGCCGGAAUGACACAUUUUACUUAACUCCGGAGCCGGUGGUAGCCCCGAACAGCCCAAUCUGGUAUUCCAUCCAGCCAAUCAGCAGAGAGCAGAUGGAGCAGAUGCUCACUCGGAUCCUGGUCAUACGAGAGAUUCAGGAAGCUAUUGCUGUGGCUAAUGCCAGCACCAUGCACUAAGGCACCCUUCCCAGCUCAGAAGGGGGUGGGAUGGGGUGGCGGGAUGACAAGCAAGCCUAAAUUGUACAGACUUUUACACUAAAGGAGAUGCCUACGUUUUGUUUUUUAUUGGUGUAGUUAGGAAGCCCUUUUAGGCUUCCUCUCUUUAAAAGAAUCUAAAAGGAAACCUCCCCAUUGUGUAUCCUCCCAAACCCACUGAGCUGUUAGAACCACCUGGGGCUGUGUUUCUCCGCCAGCUCAGAGAUGCUGAACCUGCUGGUUGACUUUGGUUUUUGACGCUGUAGAGAACAGAGCGAGCUACGGGAUUGGCCUGGACGGCUUGUGUCUGACGCCGCCUCAGCCCACGUGCAGCCUGGAGAGCGCAGAAGGAUGGAUGGACCUGCUCAGCCAGCCGAGGGGGCAGGGGUCCCCCCUCCGUGCUCAGACAUGAAUUUGCUAUUGUCCUGGAAGGAGGAGGAGAGUGAACUGCAAUUAUGAUUUCUUAAAAACCAACCGAUUUCUAUUCAGACCUUUAAGUGACAUUUUUAGAUGUUAAAAGUAAAAAAAAAAAACAACAAAAAAGCAACAAAAACCCAACUUUACCACUCUUCUUUUUUUGGCCUGACACUGAGGCCUUAACCCUUGGGGCGCCUGUGCCUGAUGGAGUUCUUGUACCAUACACUUGUGUAUCAUAUAAAGAUACCACCCUGUUUCUCUUAUGUAUUCUUACUCUAGUCGUUUAUUAAGAAUGACGAGCACGUCUUUUCAACAUGCCA